AUGCAUCAUGUGAGCGAAUUUUCAACGUAUGUGGAUGAUUACACCCAACAGCCAAUUCCGACUGCUAGAUCCAACUUUUUGUUGUACAACGUAAAUAAUAACUACUCAAAUAAUGGUUCCAUAGUUGAUCAGAUGGGUGUAAUUGAGAAUCAUGCUUCGAUGACAAUCAAACAGCACUCACGCAUGCGUGAACUCGAAUAUGCCCUGGAGGAUCUACUCACGGCAGAUUCGGAUGGAUUAUUGAUCGUGAUCAGCUUUGGACAAGAAUCGCAACCAGAAUUUGUUGCUCCUCCGCCCGCAGAACGAGCAGUAGUUUUGCCUCCACCAACCCAUCCUGUAUAUGUUACUGAAAAAUCGAUAAUAAUACAAGAAACAAAAUGA